AUAUAUAUAUAUAUGAUGAUGAUGAAGAGCUUGGAUUCCGAGAGACAAGCUGCGGCGGAGUACUUGAAGAAGAGGAGGUGGCCGGAGAGGAGAGCGGUGGCGGCGGAGGAGGAUGUGUCGGCGGUGAUUCCGGCGGUGACGGUGGUGCUGGAGGGGCGGGCGAUCUGCCAGCGGAUCAGCCUCCACAAACAUGCAAGCUACGAGAGCCUGGCCAAAGCCCUCAGAGGGAUGUUCGUGCCGGAGGACGACGGCGGCGGAGGAGACUCCGGCUCCGGCGAGCGGCGGCUUGACCUUUCGAACGCGGUUCCGGGUCAUCUUGUUGCUUAUGAAGACAUUGAAAACGAUCUUCUUCUUGCUGGUGACCUCAAUUGGAAUGAUUUUGUUCGAGUGGCGAAGAGAAUUCGAAUACUGCCAGUAAAAGCAAAUUCAAGGAGGGGAAGAGGAGUAGAGGAAAAUUAAAUUAAUAUAAGUGUUAAAUAUAUUUAUGA